AUGUCCGCCUCGCCUCUCGACCGACUCCUGGCCCGCCUCGGACCCGAGGUCGACGAUGCCGAUGAGGAAACCUUCCUCCUCUUCGCCCACGAGCGCCCGUCCGCCCAGAACCUCGGCUUCGUCGACGCCCAUGCCGCCGUCCUCGACCUCACCGUCGCCGGCCGCGACCUCACGAUCCACCAGUCGCCGGCCGUGCUGGCCUCCAACCGGGCCGGCGGCACGACGGGGGCCGUGCUGUGGAAGAUUACGCCGGCCGUGGCCGCGUGGCUGGCCGGGGCCCAGAACCCCUUGUUUGGGGAGGGCGUGCUGGGUCCGUCGUCGUCUGUCCUCGAGCUCGGCUGCGGCAUCGCCGGCGUCAUUGGCCUGGCCCUGACCGGGAAGGGGACAAAGGCGCCGGGGCAGACGGCCGCGACAAAGACGAAAACAAAAAAGAAGCGCCCCGGCCAUGACACGCCGUCGCCCCCGACCCCGACGAGGACUGUCGGCCGCUACGUCUUGACCGACCAGCCGUAUGUGGCCAAGCUGCUCCUGCGCAACCUCGAGGAAAACGGCGCCGCGCACGCGGGCAACAGCAGCCCGGCGGCCCCGCUGCUGUUUGAGAGCCUCGACUGGGAGACGGACGAGGUGACGCCGGCCGGGGGGCGGCGGCUGGGCGGCGUGGCCAGUUUCGACGCCGUCGUGGCCUGCGACUGCAUCUACAACGAGGCGCUCGUGGCGCCGCUGGUGCAGACGUGUGUGGAUGUGUGCCGGCUGCGCCGCGGCGAAGGCAGCGCCCAUGGCACGGGAGAUACGCAGCCCCCCACUGUGGUCAUUGUCGCCCAGCAGCUGCGCGAUCCGGAUGUGCUGACGGCGUGGCUGACGGCCUUUGUGGCAUCGUUCCGCGUGUGGCGCGUGCCGGAGGCACUGUUGACGCCAGGGCUGCUGCCGACGGCCGGGUUUUCUGUGCACGUAGGCAUUCUCCGGACGGAGUGA